UUUGUUACUCAUUCUGUCUGUCAAUUCUUGGUAAACUACAGUCCAGUCAGUAGUCUCACGUCUGCGUACGCAUGGUAACGCACGUAGCGUUUAUACAAAGUUAUCAUUCACAUAAGUUGCUAGACGAACGAGUCCUGCGGUAUGGAAACAACACAGAUAAGAAAUUUUAAAGAUUUUUUAUUGCUUUAUAAUCAAAUUUCUGAUACGUGCUUCAGACGAUGCGCGAAUACCUUUAAUUCUAGAGAUAUUUCUCCUGACGAGGAAUUUUGUAUAAACAACUGCGCACAGAAACAUAUUAAUGCUAACCACAGGGUAAUGGAGGUGUUCAUGGAAGUACAGCCUACAUUAGUAAAUAAGAGGAUAGAGGAAAUGAAUGCUGCACAAGCUCUCAUCGAUGCUCAACAAGAACAGCAAAAGCUAGAAACUGUUGGAUCUAAUGAAAGCUUGCAAGAAAAUAAGGAUUUGCUUGUUACAUAGAAAUUUCUGUAUAUAAUUUAAAUACAAAGACUUGUUAUAUUCUUUA